CUGUGGGAUUGUACAGAAGGAUGUUGUUGGAGCGGCGCUGGGCGGCCGUAGUUGAGGGUGGGCGCUGGGUUAGGGCGUUAGUCGGAUAUGAACGGAAAAGGGAGGAGGGAGCACGUUUGGGGGUCGGCGGAAGUGGAUUUAUUGCUGCACGGGGCCCGGAGACAUUGGCAUUGGGAGAGAAGAGAGGAGAAGGGGAGAGCUACUCUGACGCCCGGAGCAGCCAUGAUGGCCAUUUUGUUGACUACGACUGAGAGAAGAGGAGAAAGGGAAUGAGAGAGAGAGUAAGGAAUGUAUGAAGAAGAGGAAGAAGAAGAAGAAGAAGAAGAAGAAGAAGAAAGAAAAAGAAGAAAUAUUAAGAAUUGGUCACGGAUACAGCCAGGUUGGACAUUCAGGGUCGAGUUUGAGAGUACAGCAUGACGAGAAGGGAAAAGAAGAAAGACGGCGGCACGGCGCGGGCGGUGCGGGAGAUUCAUAUGCUAGCUGAGGAGACUAGAGGCCAUAGACUUCAGCUCUAGAAUCCAUCACACGAACGGUACGCCAAAGGCGCCACCGGGACAAAGCUGUGGCGCCAGGGUCAGCAGCGGAAGGAA